AUGAGCCAUCAUGAUUCAUGGACAAAACUAAAGAAUGUACAUUUAAGGAUAUCGAAGGGUUUUUCCGGCAGGCACCAAGGCGACUGGUGGUGGAAUGACGUAGUCCAAGGUAAAGUGGAGGCGAAGAAGGUAACAUAUGCGAAGUUGGCAGGGAGCACAAGCGAGGAGGAAAGAAGAGCGAAUAUGGAGAGGUACAAGGUGGCAAGGAAGGAGGCAAAGAUGGCGGUCACGAAGGCUAAGAAUGCAGCGUUUGGCCGCCUAUACGAGGAAUUGGGGGAGAAAGUCGGGAACAGGAAGUUGUUUCGGCUAGCUAAAGCGAGGGAGAGGAAGUCCCGGGAUCUGGACCAAGUAAGGUGCAUCAAAGACAAGGAUGUUGAUGGGAGAGUCCCAGAUUAA